UCAUCGCCGCCCGUGCUCUCGCGAAGCCCCUUCUCGCACCGAUGCGUUCUCUCAUCGUUCUAGACCAGAGAGAUGCGAUCGUCUUCCUUCCCACUACCUUUCCUUAGGUACCUUGGAAAAAUUCUAAAAGAUCGCUUUCAUGUCUGGCAUUAUAGAAGACAGCUGGAUCCUCAUAUUUGCUUCUCCCUUCAAUCUCGUGUGCUGUUUUGUUUAGGCUGAAGCAUAUUAAGAAAAUCCAACUUUGCACAGAUAGGCAUACAAGAAUUAAAUUUUGAAUAACUCUGCAAGUAGGAUGGACAGUUAUUUUAAAGCAGCAGUCAGUGACUUAGACAAACUCCUUGAUGAUUUUGAACAGAAUCCAGACGAACAAGAUUAUCUCCAAGAUGCACAAAAAGCAUAUGAUUCUAACCACUGUUCAGUUUCUUCAGAGUUGGCUUCCUCACAACUAACUUCACUGCUAUCAAAGGAUCAACAAUGUAUUAAUUGUGCCUCAUCAGAAACAUGCUAUGAAACAAAUCAGAUUUUCCUGAAUGAAAAAACACUUGAGGGACUAACUUCUAUACAGAGUGAAAAAAAUGUAACAGGACUUGAUCUCCUUUCUUCUGUGGAUGGUGGCGCUUCAGAUGAAAUCCAGCCUUUGUAUAUGGGAAGAUGUGGUAAACCUGUUUGUGAUCUGAUAAGCGACAUGGGUAACUUAGUUCAUGUAACUAAUAGUGAAGAAGAUAUUAAAAAAUUACUGCCAGAUGAUUUUAAGUCUAGUGCAGAUUCUUUAAUUGGAUUGGAUUUAUCUUCAGUGUCAGAAACUCUUUGUGUUUCUUCAACAGACCAUGGUAAUGAUGCUGUCAGAAAGGAACAGAAUGAUGUCAUCAACUCUGAAUUACAAAAUAGAGAAAUCAGUGGAACUAAAGAACUGGGUAUAAAAGUGGAUACAGCACUUUCAGAUUCAUGUGAUUACAUCGGAAAAGAAAAUUUACGUGAUAAAAAGAUCUCUAAUCGGUUAGAACCAGUUGUUAAUUUUAACACAUCAUCUGCCUUGACUCAACAAAGUUCCAAAACAUUUGAUGCCAAGGACAACCUACAAUACAAGAACCAGCCAUGUGAAUUAGUAGAAGCUGAUGGCUGUUUGGUAAAAGAGGAGAUACAUGUAGCAGCCAUAGCUCCCACAGAAUGUUUAAAAGAAGGAGGCAGCACAAGUGCUUUGCCUUGCAGACUUCCAAAAAAUGAAGAUUUAUGCUUAAAUGAUUCAAAUUCAAGAGAUGAAAAUUUCAAAUUACCUGAUUUUUCCUUUCAGGAAGAUAGGACUGCUAUAUUUAUAAAACAGUCUGCAAAAGAAGACUCAAGAAAUUUAGAUCUUAAUAAAGAUGUAAUCCAAGAUUCCUCUUCAACUUUACAUGUUUCAAGUGAAAAUACAUACUCCUCAUUGUCCUGUCUUCCAGUAGUACCUGGGUCUUUGUGUGGAUCAUUAAUUGAAAGUAAAGCACAUGGUGAUUGUUUACCUCAUAAUGAACAUAAAGAUAAUAUACAAGAUGCAGUCACUCUGCAUAAAGAAAUACAGAAGAGUGUUAUUCUAGGUGAGGAGCCAUUGAAGGAGACUGAUCUUUUGAAACAGGAAAAAUGUAAAAACAUAGUUCAUCAGCCAUUAAUCGAAGAGAUGGGAGAUAGAAAGGUAGAUCCCCACCAGAUGGUAAUCAGAGUUGAAUCUUUGGAUUCCCUUGAUAACACCCGUUCUUCUGUAGCAGCAGAAUCUCAAAUGGAGCUUUCUGGUGCUGAUGCCCCAGAGUCUCCUGAUUGUUGCAAAGGUCUCACUUUUUCAAGCAGUGAUAUCGAUGGGCAAGACUUAGAUUACUUUAAUAUUGAUGAAGGCAUGAAAAGUGGUGCACUAAUUAGUGAUGCUGAACUUGAUGCCUUUCUGACUGAACAGUAUCUUCAGACUAGUAACAUAAAGUCAUUUGAAGAAAAUGUAAAUGACUCAAAAUCUCAGAUGAAUCAGAUGGAUAUGAAAGGCCUAGAUGAUGGGAACAUCAGUAACAUAUACUUCAAUGCUGAAGGAGGAGCUGCUGGGGAAAGUCCUAGUAUUAAUAUGAUUUGUGAAACAGUGGAUAAACAAAAUACAACAGAAAAUGGUGGCCUUUCUUUAGGGGAAAAAAGUACAGUUACAAUUGAACAAGGGUUAUCCAGCAGUAAGUCUGAGAUGAUGAAUGAAUUAUCAGUCUCUGAUAUUAAUAGUCAGUCUGUUCAUGUUGGAGGGGCCAGACCUAAGCAAUUGUUUAGCAUUCCAUCAAGAGCAAGGAGUUCAAAGGAACCAAAUAAGCCGGAUGUUCCAAAUAUGCCUGAGAGUGAACCCAGCGUGGCAGAUACCAUCGUUCCAACAGAUUCUACAGAUUCUACAACUGACCCUCAGGUUGGCUUCAACUCUAAUUACAUUGAUAUAGAAAGUAAUGUUGAAGGUGGAGCCAGUUUUGUAACUACAAGCGAAGAGCCUCUCCCUGCAAACACUUGCAAAGAAGGCCUGGUUUUGGGCCAGAAACAACCUACUUGGGUUCCUGAUUCAGAAGCUCCAAACUGUAUGAACUGUCAAGUCAAAUUUACUUUUACGAAACGGCGACACCACUGCCGAGCAUGUGGGAAAGUAUUUUGUGGUGUCUGUUGUAAUAGGAAGUGUAAACUGUGGUAUCUAGAAAAGGAAGCAAGAGUAUGCAUAGUCUGCUAUGAGACUAUUAGUAAAGCUCAGGCCUUUGAAAGGAUGAUGAGUCCAACUGGUUCUAAUCUUAACUCUAAUUGUUCUGAUGAAUGUGCCACCAUCCAGCCUCUUCAGGAGACUCACACAUCCAGUGUAACUUCACUUACAACUUUACCAAUCUCAGCACUUAAACAACCAGGUGUUGAAGGAUUAUGCUCCAAAGAACAGAAGAGAGUAUGGUUUGCAGAUGGCAUAUUGCCCAACGGUGAAGUUGCAGAUACAACAAAAUUAUCUUCUGGAAGUAAAAAGUGUUCUGAAGACUUAAGUCUUCCCCAACCUGAUAUGCCCUUGAUGGUAAACACAGUGGAUCAUGCCCCUUCUCCUACAGUGGAAAAACCAAACAAUGAGAUAGGAGAUAUUACAAGAAACGAGAUAAUUCGGAGUCCUAUUUCUCAGGUUCCAUCUGUGGAAAAACUGCCUAUAAACACAGGAACUGAGGGGUUAUCUACUUCUGGUUCUUUUACACUAGAUGAUGAUGUUUUUGCAGAAAUUGAGGAACCAUCUGGUCCUACUGGUGUCCUAGUUAACAGCAAUUUACCUAUUGCUAGUGUUUCAGAUUAUAGGUUACUGUGUGGUAUUGACAAGAAUGUUUGCAAUAAGAUUAGCCUUCUACCUGAUGAUGAGGACAGCUUGCCCCCUCUUCUGGUUGCAUCUGGAGAAAAGGGAUCAGUGCCUGUAGUAGAAGAACACCCAUCUCAUGAGCAGAUUAUUUUGCUUCUUGAAGGCGAAGGUUUUCAUCCUGUUACGUUUGUCCUAAAUGCUAAUCUACUUGUGAAUGUCAAGUUAGUAUUUUAUUCCUCAGACAAAUAUUGGUACUUCUCAACCAAUGGAUUGCAUGGCUUGGGACAGGCAGAAAUUAUUAUUCUAUUGUUAUGUUUGCCAAAUGAAGAUACUAUUCCUAAGGACAUCUUCACACUAUUUAUCACCAUAUAUAAGGAUGCUCUCAAAGGAAAAUACAUAGAAAACUUGGACAAUAUUACCUUUACUGAGUGUUUUCUCAGUAGCAAGGAUCAUGGAGGAUUUCUGUUUAUUACACCUACUUUUCAGAAACUUGAUGAUCUCCCAUUACCAAGUAAUCCUUUCCUUUGUGGAAUUCUUAUUCAGAAGCUAGAGAUUCCUUGGGCAAAGGUUUUUCCCAUGCGUUUGAUGUUGAGAUUGGGUGCAGAAUAUAAAGCAUAUCCUGCUCCUCUAACAAGUAUCAGAGGCCGAAAACCUCUUUUUGGAGAAAUAGGACACACUAUUAUGAACUUACUUGUUGACCUUCGAAAUUACCAGUAUACCUUGCAUAAUAUAGAUCAGCUAUUGAUUCAUAUGGAAAUGGGGAAAAGCUGCAUAAAAAUACCUCGGAAAAAAUACAGUGAUGUAAUGAAAGUAAUAAAUUCUUCUAAUGAGCAUGUCAUUAGCAUUGGAGCUAGUUUUAGUACAGAAGCAGAUUCUCAUCUAGUCUGUAUACAGAAUGAUGGAGUUUAUCAAACACAGGCCAGCAGUGCCACUGGCCAUCCUAGAAAAGUUACAGGUGCAAGUUUUGUGGUAUUCAAUGGAGCUCUAAAAACCUCUUCAGGAUUUCUUGCUAAGUCCAGCAUAGUUGAAGAUGGCUUAAUGGUACAAAUAACUCCAGAGACCAUGGAGGGCUUGCGGUUAGCUCUACGAGAACAAAAGGACUUUAAAAUUACAUGUGGGAAAGUUGAUGCUGUAGACCUGAGAGAAUAUGUGGAUAUCUGCUGGGUAGAUUCUGAAGAAAAAGGAAACAAAGGGGUUCUGGAGCAAAGAAGGAAGAAGAGGGCUAAUGCUGAAGGACUCCAAAGUAGAGUUUUUGAAAUUCAUGAGACAGCUUUUCUGUUAGGAGACUAUUUAAGUGUUAUUAGUUCAGUGGAUGGAAUAUCAUUAGAAGGAUUUCCAAGUGAAAAAAUAAAGCUGGAAGAAGAUUUUGAAAAUGGUGAGAAGAUUGUAAAGUGUACCGAGGUGUUUUACUUCCUAAAGGACCAGGAUUUAUCUAUUUCUGCAACUCGUUAUCACUUUGCAAAAGAAAUAGCCAUGGCUUGUAGUGCUGCACUGUGCCCUCACCUGAAAACUCUAAAGAGUAAUGGGAUGAAUAAAAUCAGCCUCCGAGUUUCCAUUGACACUGAUAUGGUUGAAUUUCAGGCAGGAUCUGAAGGCCAACUUCUCCCUCAGCAUUAUCUCAAUGAUCUUGAUAGUGCUCUAAUCCCUGUGAUCCACGGUGGGACCUCCAACUCUACUAGUUUACCAUUAGAAAUAGAAUUAGUAUUUUUCAUUAUAGAAAAUCUUUUUUAGUGAAAGAUGUGGGUCAUAUAUAUUGCAAACUGAUUUGUUAAAACUAACUCCAGCAUUAAAGCUGAAAUGCUACAAACACUAAAAUUAAAUAUAUAUGUAAUGUUUGAAACAUGUAAGCUUUGCUUUAGGCAGGAAUGAUUUUUUUAAAUCAUUAGCACAAUAUUUAAAUCUCUAAAAAUUUAAGAGAUCCACAGUUUUUGAAGCUUUACACUUAAUACAAGUACUAAAAAGACAAGGAUUUCUUCUGCCUUUAAGAUAUUUGUAGCAUUUACUGUGUUAUUUAAAUGCUAAGCCAAAGUAUCUGCACUUAGGUAUACCUCUUUAUGCCAAGAAUGAUUUUAAUGAAGGCUCUUUUCAGAUGUAACGUUAUAAGGGAAAUAUCUGCUUUGUGUAUUUGGUUUCUAAAAUCUAUUAAAAAUGUAUUUCAAUGGCACAGACCAGUUUCCAGAUCUUAGACUUAUAUGAUAAUUCUUUGAAUAAGGCAGAUAACUUAUUUGUAUAAUUGGAGUGGAGACCUACCUCCAUGAUUAGAUAAACUCUGGAUUAAAAUCAGAAUUUUUGCCUUUUUUCUUCUCAGAUUAUUAUAUAUAUAUAUAUAUGGUUUUUUCUUGAUUAAGUGGGUAUUCUUAAAAUAACUGUGGGUGCUUCAGGAUUUUGUGCUUCUACAUUUAACUAUAUUGUUUUUAUAGCGAGAACAUGUGAUUCGGUAUGUGUUUUAUAAAUCUUUAAUAAUUUAUAAAUAGGUAAUAUUUUUGUAUUGCAGUAUAUUAUUUUUCCUCCUUUCUUUCCAAAGUAUACCACUGUAUUUACCACUUCUAAGAGUGAUUGACGACAGGCCAGAUGACCCUUGAAGUAGUCAUUAUGUAGCAAUAAAUGAAGCCUGAAACAGGUUUUUUUUUCUACUUUUUACUUCUCCUUUAAACCUUAGAAGUUUCUUGGCAAGUCUGCAUAUUUUCAUUGACACCAAUGUAUUAAAUAUAAAUUUUAAUGAACUAAGCACUUUUGCAUAUUUUAAAUUCUUUCUAUGAUAGUUAUUUUUUAUAACAGGAUAUUAACAUAAGUUAUCUAUGUAUUUGAAACUGUUACAGAGCUUUCCUCUUUACUUCAAACAGCAAAAGAAAAAAAGUAUGUUGCAUUAAAGAAAAGGGCAUAUUUUAGUUAGACCUGUCAUUUAAGUUAUAUAAAAUAGAAUCAUUAUUUUGAUGCUUCUUUUCUUCUCAUGUGCACUAUAUAUGUUUUUGUAUCAAAAACACUCACUGUAUAUCUCAAGAAAAAUAAACUACACUAAAGAGCCUUGUUUUAAGAAAAAUAUUUACAAAGCAUCUCAACGUGAAGACCAAGUCAGGGUUGUAACUCAGGAUCUGAGGUCUCAGGCUAGGAGAGACUGAGAAUGGUAAUCAGUUUGGUCAUAUGGUUCUUACUGAAUCACAUCUGUAGUACUAGCCAAAGACACAGUAUGGAGGAGAAUAUCAGUCUUCUGGAAGUAGCUACUUCAUAAACAGUGUAAAAUGUUGCAGAUAUCAAAUAAAAUGGCAACACGUAAUAA